GAUUUUAUACAUUAAUGAUCUCAAAUAAAAGAGGAGUGCUAUGUUCGUGCAUCACUUCUUCCGAGAAAGUUAAGUCUGCGUUCUGCUUUGGAGAGAUAACACUUUUUGUCCCUGUAGGUGGCCCCCUGGUGUAGCCAUUAGUUGCUAAUUACUUGCAAACAAAUAAACAAUUAACUCCUUAAGCCGCUGGCUGGGCAAGUGUUCAUUGACUUGCUAAAACUUUCUAAAACAGGAUUUUAAUUAGUGACUUUGGAAACCCAGCCCCCUAGUCAGCAAAGCUACAAGGUGAACUGCUGGAAGAUCCCAGCUCUGCACACGUGGGGCAGGAGCCCUCCGGCGCUGUACGACCCAGAAGAGAAUGUCUCCCAGCCUUCGGGAAGGUGCUCAGCUCCGGGAAAGCAAGCCCGCGCCCUGCUCCUUCUCAAUUGAGAGCAUUUUAGGACUGGACCAGAAAAAAGAUUGUACAACAUCAGUAAGACCCCACAGACCCUGGACAGACACCUGCGGCGACUCAGAGAAAGAUGGCACCCCACCCCUACAUGCCCCAGAUCUUCCCAGUGAGACUUCAUUUCCUUGUCCAGUGGAUCACCCAAGGCCAGAAGAAAGGGCUCCGAAAUAUGAAAAUUAUUUUUCAGCCUCAGAAACCCGCUCAUUGAAAAGAGAAUUGAGUUGGUACCGAGGACGAAGGCCAAGAACUGCUUUCACCCAGAACCAGGUCGAAGUAUUGGAAAAUGUCUUUAGAGUGAACUGCUACCCUGGCAUUGACAUCAGAGAGGACCUAGCUCAAAAGCUGAACCUAGAGGAAGACAGAAUCCAGAUUUGGUUCCAAAAUCGCCGAGCAAAGGUGAAAAGGUCCCGUAGAGAAUCACAGUUUCUAAUGGCAAAAAAACCCUUCAACCCAGAUCUUCUGAAAUAGGUAGAAAAUUACACAUGUUGGCUUCUCUUCCAGUUGUAUAGUACACAAGAAAUCAAUGGAAAUUCCAAGUACUUAAAAUGUUACCGUUCUCUCCUGUAUCUAAUCUAGAUAUUGUCAUUCUUCUGAAAAUAUUGCAAAUAAUUAUGAUUCUAGAACAGUACAUUUAUAGUUAUAAUGAAAACACCUUUCCUAUAUAUUUUUAAUAAAAAUUUUCAGAAAUGA